CUAGUCUUUCAGAAAACAGUUUUUAGUAGGUUUCGAGUCAUCUACUAUCAGAUCAUUUUGGUUGGGCGGAAGCAAAGUUGGACGGAAUCAUUUUGUUAUGAUCUCACCCAUCAUGUAGUGCUACCCGACCCCCUGAACAAAAUGAUUGUGUUCUUUCUAAAAUGUAUACAAUUGCUGGCUUCAAAUGUUGACUUAUGUGCAUGUGAAACAAUUAUUUAGUUUCUUGUUUGGUGAUUAUGAAAAUUGUCCAGAGUGGACUGUUUUUAGGUUGUUGAUUUCCACAAACGAUGAAGUUGCCAUGGAUUGUCACGAGAGUAAGAUUAAUCUCUUGAAAUCACUUUACGCGAAGAAAAAAGUUGAAGUGGAUUUUCAUUCUGUAGCUACCGGAGUCGGAGUUGUUAUGGUAUCAGCGAAAAGGGACUCUAUGCGCUCCAUUCUUCAUGCUGUUACUGCUUUUGAUGAGGUUCACAGAUAUUUUUUGCACUCCAUGCCUUAUGAGCAGUGCGUAACAAGACUCCUUGUACCAGCUGCACAUGCAAAAAAGUUGAUUAUUCUAUACACAAUGAAGCCCCAUCCGAGCAGACUUAGUGUGUAUCUAUCAGGUAACAUGACAGGUUUUUUCCCUGGUGAUGUGAUUGUUGAUGUGAGCGGGAGGCGUGAUUGUGUACUUGAGACAGUUGACUCAGUUGUUUCUUAUCUGGGAGAGUUUGGAGUUGAAGAGAGCAUGAAGUCAGAGCUGAAUAGUCGAAAUUGCAUUCGUCCAUCAAAUCAUGGAGCGUGUGUGCCUGAAAAAGCUGAAAGAAAGUCUUCCACGGAGUGCUCUUUGUUUCAUGAUUUUACGCGAAUUCCCCUGCGGUAUACUGAAGAUCUCAUUGGUAAAGACGGUGCAAAUAUGAAAAAGAUAAGGGAAUCAUGUCCGGAGGCAUCUGUGUACUUGGAAACGUUUACACUUAAACAAGUGGUUGUUUCUGUUAAGGGUAAAUGUUAUUUGGAUGUGAAGGGUGCUGAAGAUGUGUUGGAGGGUUUGAUUCCGGACGAAAAGAAAGAUGGAGAAUAUGUUUUUGAGGGCAUGUUUCGAAUGACGGCACUGUGGGAUACGGAGGCUGAGAUGGACGACGAUAGCUUUGAGGAGGAGGAGGAGCCAGAGUCAUCUGAUGAGCCUGUGAUUGGAGGAUGUCAACGCCUGUCUUAUGCUUCUUUGCUGGAAAAGAAUAAUGCUAGAGCAGACCGCCUCAGAGUAUUCUUACGCUAAUGCUAGUAGUACUAUUCUAUACUUACUGAAACAACUUUCAAACCUUUUGUGAAUCGCUUUGCUGGUCCUCCGUAUAGUUUUUGCUCACCAAAAAUAUUUUCUAAUAUCAAAAUGAUUUUUUCUCCACCACACCUACCUUCCCAAAGUUUAUUUUUCUUUCUCUCUUAUCCGCCAGAUCUACUAACCCCUUCAAUCUCUCUAUUCACCCCCUCCCCCUACCUCUUCUUCCUCUUCUUCGAGACUUGCAAGUAUAAUUCGCACUGCUUCCUGGAAAUCGGAGAAGAGAAGAUAUGGAGGAACCGCAGUUAAGAAUCACCAUCGUCGAUCCGGAUCUGAGUUGCCGGAGGUGAUGGCAGGUGAUGGCAGAGCAGCAAGGCUGCAGUUGAAGGUGACACGGCAGAGCAGUGAUGCGAUGAUUCGACGAUUGGAGGUAUCGGUGGAGCAUCAAGAAAUUCAUCCGGUACUAUCCAAUUGCUUGUGCGUAUUUCCUGGCCAGUGCAUAGAGCCAUAUCGAACGGUAGGGAAGAGUAGGGACCAAAGAAGUGAAGAGGGGUGGAUGGCAUUUUGGGAAAGUCAACUAUAUACUAGGAAAAUUUACCUAAAUAAUACUAAAAUAUACGGAGUAGUUAUUUUUCCAAUGUAAUAUCAUAUAUUUUUAUUUUUCUCAAUCUAGUACUAUUGUUUAAUGUUCACUGGUCAUUGUUAAGUUAAAUAUCAAUCGCCACUAGACAUUGUGUAAACUAAAUGUCCACUAUUUCU